CUUGAAUUAGUGUGGUUUCGCCAUAUAAAAAUGACAGCACUUAACCAUUUCAUUGAGAUGGUUACAAGAUAACCAACUCAAAACCACGUUGAAAAUCUGAUACAACCCUGUGUUUUUCCCGCCAUCUGUGAGUUGUUAUCGUUAAAAUUCAAAAAAUACGUUCACUACAGCUGAUUUAAAAUUUCAAAAUGUCACAUUCAAAUGCAUAUUCAAAUUAUAAACAAUGGCGACAGAAAGCAAAGAAAACGUAUUUUGUGGAGCGAUGCCGCAGAAGAACUCCUGAUUGAGUUAUGGCGAGAAAAAAUGCCAGAGCUGCGGUCGGUAAGGAAGAAUGGCCACAUUUAUGAAGAAAUGGCAGUCGAGCUGGAUAAUAGUGGCCAUAAUAUCACUGCCACUGAAGUGAAGACAAAGCUUCACAAUUUAUCAAAAAAAACAGGUAAGUACUGAAUUUAUUCAGCAUAGAUAUUCAUUUAUUAUCUCCAUAGACAAGAAAAGGCGAAAAUUGGUCCAUCCGGUGGCUCUCCAUCAGAGUGGAAGCAUUAUGGGGCAGUCCACGAAGUUCUCGGUGCACAUAAGAGCUUUGAUGCAGUUGCGCUGCAAGAGGAUAGCAUAAUAGGUGUACUUUUAUUAGUCAUACCUAUUACGGAAAUAAUCAUAAUUUUUUGUGCGAAUUAUAUAUUUUCAGAUGAUUUGGACUACACCAUUACUGAAGAAUAUCUUAUUGAAUGUGACACUGAUGGAGAGUCACAAACUGGUACUCCAGUUCUCAAUUCUCAGUGCUCCCUUGUAGAAUCCUGUAACGGGCCCUCCACCAGUGAAUCUGUAAAAAGAAAGAAAAAAACUGCAGUAGCAGUGAUGGAGGAAGUUCAUCAUGACUUUUUAAAAGUAACAGAGGAAAUGCGUCAGGCGGACGAAAAACGAUUUGUGUUGUUGGAACGAUAUGUCAGCGAUGUCUCAGAAAUGAAAAAUGCAUUUGUUGAAUUUCUGCGUCGUCAGAAUUAA